AUGUCCUCCUUUCCCUCGUUGGGUGGACUGUCGGUCCCUGAAUCCAUGGCCCAACUUGCCAGAUAUUACUUUGAUACCGCUGCCUCGACUUCUGCUAUUCAGUUGGCGGCUCUGAAGAGCUUUAUUGGCGCGGGCCAGAAUGUGGCUGGAAGUGACUAUCCGUAUGUUCCAUUCUCGCAGGCCCAGCCGGCAUUAGCUGCGAUCGAGGGUAAUGGCUUAUAG